GACGCGGCGACGUCCCCCGGAAGUGGAGCCCGGGACUUCCACUCGUGCGUGAGGCGAGCGGAGCCGGAGACAAGAGCAGAGGCCGAACUCGGGAUCUGACAAGAUGGCCGGGCUGCCCCGCAGGAUCAUCAAGGAAACCCAGCGUUUGCUGGCUGAACCAGUUCCUGGCAUUAAAGCAGAACCAGAUGAGAGCAACGCCCGUUAUUUCCAUGUGGUCAUUGCUGGCCCCCAGGAUUCCCCCUUUGAGGGAGGGACUUUUAAACUUGAACUAUUCCUUCCAGAAGAAUACCCAAUGGCAGCACCUAAAGUACGUUUCAUGACCAAAAUUUAUCAUCCUAAUGUAGACAAGUUGGGAAGAAUAUGUUUAGAUAUUUUGAAAGAUAAGUGGUCCCCAGCACUGCAGAUCCGCACAGUUCUGCUAUCAAUCCAGGCUUUGUUAAGUGCUCCUAAUCCAGAUGAUCCGUUAGCAAAUGAUGUAGCCGAGCAGUGGAAGACCAAUGAAGCCCAAGCCAUAGAAACAGCGAGAGCAUGGACUAGGCUAUAUGCCAUGAAUAAUAUUUAAGUCGAUCAGAUCAUCGAGUGUACAUCACUUCUCCUGUUCUGCCAAGACUCUUCCUUUUUUUGUUUGCAUUUAAUGGACACAGUCUUAGAAACAUUACAGAAUAAAAGCCCAGGCAUCCUCAUCUUUGGUGAUUACAUGCACAUUAGCAAAUCUCUGUCUUGUCCUGAUUCACUGUUGUAAAGCAUGAGCAGAGGCUAGAAGUAUCAUCUGGGUUGUUGUGAAAUGUUGAAAGCAGUGACUCUGCUUGGAUUCGUUUCCCCAUCAUGGUUUAAGUACAAAGCACUGUGAAUGAAGGUAGUUGUCAGGGUUAGCUGCCAGGGGUAUGGGUGUUUUUAUUUUAUUUUUUAGGGGGAAAGUAGUUUUAUUUUAAUUUUAUGGUCUCCUUUCCCCCUCCCCCUCUUAUGGGAUCUAAUUACAGUGGUUAAAUGCAGCUAACCAGUCUUUUAGAAUAUGCUCUCUAGCCAAGUCUAACUUUAGACGCUGUAGAUGGACAAGCUCGAUUGUCUGAACCAAAAUGGGAACAUUAAAUAAACAUCACAGCCCUCACUAAUAACAUUGUGACUUUGCUGUCGAGUGUAGAUUCUCUGCCCCCCCCCGACCCCCCCCCCCCCCCCCCCCAAGAAGAAACAAAAGCUUGUGACCAUUUUGUAUGGCUUGUCUGGAAACUUCUGUAAAUCUUAUGUUUUAGUAAAGUAUUUUUUGUUAUUCUCCUUUGCCUUUGUACAGUUUAUUUUACUGUGUUUACUUCGCUUUCCCCAUGUGACAAUCGUAUUUAAAAUGAAAACGAUGGAACAUUCUGUUUUGGUCCUCGCCAUCUGACAAAUGGAUUGGCAAGAGGAGAAUUUGAUCAGUUUGUUUCAUUGAUGCAGAUUUGUGUUAGGAUUUUACUGAGUGAGUAUUUAUAAACUGGCUGAGCAUGCAUGAAGCAUCAGUAUCUGUUCCCUCAUCCCCUUUUUUUAACCACCUAGAAAUUUUAAAUAAAUGUUACUUGAUUUAAUUAGGUGAUCCUUGGUGUCUUGCCCAAAUGUUUGAAAGUCGAUCAUACCUGACAGCCACAAUAAAAAGGACAGGUGGGGUCAUAGAGGACUCUCACAUGUCCACAUUUGAGCCUCAGAUGUAGGUUAGGACUUUUCUCUUGGUUCUUGUCUGAAAACUCAUGUGUGUUGUUUGUGCUGCUAGGAAACCAGUGGAGGUUUGUGGAGGCCGUUUUGAGUCUCUCUUCCUUGCAGACAUUGUAAAUCCCAAGCAACUGGCUUACAGGAAAGUUGCCAGCUUUCCAGGUCCAGUGCAUUGCUCUCCCCUCCCUAGGGUUUGCUAUGAGAAUUCCUUCUCUCCUCCUUUUUUUCUUGAGGGGGUGUGUGCGUGUUUCUAUGUAACCUCGGGUGUCGUGGAACUCACUGUAGAGACCAGGCUGGCCUCCACCUUGGAGAUCCUGUUGCCUCUGCUAGGAUUAUAAAGGCCACCAGGGCCAGCUGCUCCCUUUGUCCUUUACUUUGGUGUUAAUUACUAAAGAAUUACUCUUUUCUUCCCAUGUGAAGCCGUCCUUUUCCCCUUGUCCACCUGACUUUCUGGUUCUCGUUACAUUGAAGUCCUGUCCAUGUGAGUGCUGACCUCAUGGUCAGGAAUCUGUCUCUGUACUACUACAGUGGAUACUGUAGCCCGUCUGCGUUUUCCUCACUGCAGAACUUCUGGAGUUUCUUCAGAGUGUGGUAUAUUUCAUUGUGUUCCUAUGUAAAAUGAAGAAUUAUCUAUUAAAAUUACAUUUUCAACAUGUAAGAGCUUUUGGUGACUGGUAACUGGAUCCUUCCAAAUAAAUGCAUUUUGUUAACAAAUAGUAAGUUUAGAAUAAAAUUGCUAAUGGUCCUACCUGAUACUGUAAAUUUUAAAACUAUCAACAGUUGUUACAAUUCUUGGGCAGAGGGCAUCUUUGGCCACAGCUAAGAAAAUUCAUUUAAAAAAAAAAAAUUCACAGGACUUGAAGUAUUUAGCCAUUGGGCAGCAUUACUUCCUGAAAGCCAAUAGGCUGCUGGUUAUGGCUGGUGUCACACAGUGACUUACAGGUUACCCACACAUGGGGUUCUAGUGUGCACUGCGGUUUUAGUUUCCCAGCUUACAUUAUCAUUUCCUGAUUUCAUAGCAUCACUUUUUUUUUUAAUUUUGAUGAAUCCCCGCUGUUUUGAUGAGGCUUGUACUCAACCAGUUGGGAAAAAACCAUUAUAUAUGCCUGGACUCCUCCUAAAAGACUUGGAGAAACAACAUGUCAAGGUAGAGGUUGAAUCCUAGCAACUGCAUCUGGCCCAUGGUUUCCUUGAUUAAAAGCAGUUGGAGUUACAUGGCAGUAUUUGGGAAACUCGGGAUAUUCCCACCACGGCAGCUGAUAACAUUUGAAUGAUCUGAAGAUGUGGCAGCAGUAGAUUGAGACGCACUGUAGCCCGGGAACCUACUGACAGGGACUGAGUUGCAGACACAGUACAACAUUCUGUAUCAUUCUCUUUCUGUAGGAAUGGUGGGAGUCAUGCCCAGCCUACCUGGUCCUGUUUUCUUAUAAACUUUGACUUUGUAGCCCCAGAUGAAGGAAGAAAAUUCAUUUGACAAAAGUAUUUGAACAUUUGCCUAAUAACUAGCUCUGGAUGUGAAUGAAUAGCCAGUUUAGGCAUGAGGCACAGCACAAUAGUUGCAGCUCUUGUCCUGGAGAAAGGAAGUGCUGGAAAGGCCAGACAGACACCUCCAGCCUCCAUUCAGAGCCCAGUGAGAGAGGAAAUCCAAACUCCAAUUGACAUCUUGAAUUCAGUUCUGACUCCCUAGAGCAGUGGUUCUCAACCUUCCUAAUGCUGCGACCCUUUGAUACAGUUCUCAUGUUGUGGGGAUCCCCAACCAUCACAUUAUUUUCACUGCUACUUCAUAACUGUAAUUCUGUUACUGUUAUGAACCGUGAUGUUUUCGAAUAAUCUUUGGACUCCCAAAGGGGUUGCAGUUUAGAGGUUGAGAACCACUGCCCUCAGGUGUCAAUUUGAGCUUUGUGGUUUGAAUGCUUUUGUUCUGCUCUAUUUUGCUGUGAUUCACUUCCACUCACUGUGAGACUAGUUAUUCUUGGUUCUCUCAGAUCUUACUUAGGCUUUCUGUCUAUAAUGCUGAAAACUAGGCCAGGAAUGUACUUGUAAGAUAAGCCUCAUUGCAAAUUGGUAUAUUAAAACCACAGAUGCUGUGGUUAGCAUUUCUCAAGAGGGUGGGGAAGAACAUCUGGUGUCCUGUAAGGUAGCGUGAAUCCAGCCAGCCAGGUAGACCUAAGUGGUGCUGUAGGACAUUCUGAUGGUUUAGAAUGUUCAUUUGGUGACUAACUACAUCAGUAGCAGAGUUUUAGGAACACAAUAUAGGAAAGCUGUCCACAUACAAAUUAUAAAAGAUGAAAAAUUGGGUAUUCCAUAUGAAAUAUGUAAUAUUGGAAUGUAUUCUGGGGUUUGGUAACAUUUUGUUUAGCUAUGAAGCAUGCUGCCUAUCCUAAGGAACUAUAUCAGGGUUUAUAUUUUAAGUAACAAGGAAAACAUGUUGAAUGUAAUAAUUUCAAAGAAGUAUAAAUAAUAAAAAUCUAUACCAAUUGGA